AUGUCGAAUCGACCUCGUUUGCGUGUUGAGGGAAGAUCUUUCCGAGACCCUCAAAACCGAGAAGUCUUUCUUAGGGGAAUCAAUGUGGCUGGUGAUGCAAAGUAUCCUCAGGAGCAAGGCCACCAUUCCCAGGCCCCCGAGAAAUUUUUCAAGGGUGAAGAUGUAUCGUUCGUGGGGCGACCAUUUCCUCUAGAAGAGGCCGACAUACACUUCAGUCGACUACGAAAUUGGGGCUAUAAUACCAUUCGUUAUAUCUUUACCUGGGAAGCCAUUGAACAUUCUGGACCUGGUGUCUAUGACGAGGAAUGGCUUGAUUUCACCAUCGAUGUCCUUCGCAUCGCAAAGAAGUAUCAAUUUUACAUUUUUAUGGACCCUCAUCAAGAUGUGUGGUCACGACUAUCUGGAGGGUCCGGUGCACCCACGUGGACACUCUACGCAGCUGGUCUCAAUCCAAGAAGCUUCAAAGCCACACAGGCUUCCCUCUUGCAGCACACCUGCGAUAACCCUGCAGAUUUCCCUAAGAUGCUCUGGUGUACCAACUACACCAGGCUAGCUUGCCAAACAAUGUUUACUCUGUUUUGGGCUGGGCGGGAUUUCGCGCCAAACGCCAUUAUCGAUGGUAUGAAUAUUCAAGAUUAUUUGCAAAGCCAUUUCAUUGCGGCGUGUAAAUAUCUGGCACAGAAGAUUCACAAAGCCGGUGACCUCGAGAACGACGUAGUAAUCGGGUGGGAAAGUCUGAAUGAGCCUCAUAGAGGUCUGGUCGGUAUUCAGGAUAUCUCUAAGAUCCCAAAAGAGCAGCACCUACAACUUGGAACAUCUCCGACGGCAUUUCAGGGUAUGUUGAUUGGGUCCGGGCGGCCUUGCCGGGUCGCUACAUGGUCCUUCAAAUGCUUCGGUCCCCGUCAAAUAGGCGACGAGCUUAUAGAUCCAAAUAGUGAGUCUGUCUGGCUACCAUCUGGAUAUGAUGAAGGGCGUUAUCCCUGGCGUCGCGAUCCUCGCUGGCGGCUGGGUGAAUGUCUUUGGGCACAGCAUGGGGUUUGGGACCCUUGCAAGAACAUUCUGUUGCGGAAAGAUUACUUUUCAAAAGAUCCUCUCAGCGGUGAAAAGCUCAACUAUGAAAGGUUUACGAAUUCAUACUUCUUGAGUCACUACAGAUCAUACAAAGAAGCAAUUCGCGGCGUUUCUAAAGAUGCUAUCAUGUUUUGCCAGCCACCAGUCAUGGAGAUUCCACCGAAGCUUGAAGGCUCUGCUGAUGAUGAACCGAAUAUGGUCCAUGCUGUACACUUUUACGAUGGAUUAACUCUCUUGACAAAGCGCUGGAACCGCUUUUACAACCUCGAUAUCAUUGGAUUGCUCCGCGGCAUACAUCGUAUGCCUAUCUUUGCGCUGAAAUUUGGAGAAACGUCCAUUCGCAAUAGCCUACGUGACCAGCUUCAGUUUCUUCGAGAGGAGAGUCUAAGGUUCAUGGGCAACCACCCUGUCGUUUUUACUGAGAUCGGGAUCCCCUAUGACCUUGAUAAAAAGAGUGCAUACAAGUCAGGUGACUACACUAGCCAGAUCAAAGCAAUGGAUGCCAAUCAUUUUGCGUUGGAAGGAAGCGCCUCUAAUGGGUUCACUUUGUGGGCUUAUGUGGCUCAAAAUAACCAUGAAAGGGGCGAUCAGUGGAAUGGGGAAGAUCUUUCUAUUUACUCGCGAGACGAUCUGGAACUGCCAAGCAAGGCCAUCAGCCCAACUGCUGCUGAAAAGCCCUUAGGCAAUUUGGUUGAGGAGGAGAAUAUGAGAGUGGACUCACCGAGCUGCAUAGGCACUUUCGCAUCACAAGGAGUGCCAUAUCAGGGUCUUUCCUAUAGAAAUACGUCGUUUCAAAGACGUGGUCACCGCGCUGCUGAAGCUUAUGUUCGCCCUAGUCCCAUUCGUGUGCAUGGAAAGCUAGAAAGCCACUCAUUUGAUCUGAAGAACUGUGUGUUCACAAUGUCUUUGCAGGCAAAGAAAACGGAUGCCCAUUCCCCCAGUGAGAUUUAUCUCCCGGACUUCCACUUCCCGCCAACGGAUACGAUUGUCUCAGUAAGUGAUGGGAGCUGGGAAAUGACUGAGAGGGUAUAUGAAAAGGUCAAACUUCAGUGUUUACGGUGGUGGCACACUGAAGGAUGGGUUGAGAUCAAGGUCAAAGGGGUUAAGUUCAAAGCAAGGAAAUCAGGGAUCGAUUGUUUUGAGAGUAGAAAACGUCAGAACUUAUAG